AUGGUCAUUGUUUGUAACGACUUUUUUGGAAAACUGGAGAAGCCAUACUACCCCCCUCAACUUCAGCCGCAGUACCCACCUCAGGGACCUCCAUAUCCUCCUCAAGGACCUCCGUACCCUCCUCAACAGCCUUAUUGCCCUACACAACCAGCACAACCAACCAACACAGUUGUCAUUACGGGACCGAUUCAUGGAAGUUGUCCAAAAUGUAAUAGGGGCAUAAUAACCCCGGAGUACACAGCUUGUGGCAUCAUUCUGGCCAUUUGCUUCUUCCCCAUUGGGAUCCUCUGCUGUAUCGCAAUGAGGGAAAACACGUGCAGCGUUUGCAGGGCCCGCUUCUAG